AUGGCUGAUACACUGAAUGAGCUCAUCACCCAGGGAACCGCCUUGAACCAAUCGAUGGAAUACGAAUUCUUCGCCAGUCCAAUUGUCCUCGUGGGUCCACUUCAUGAAAAGUGGCUCGCCGGUGUGAAAUCUGCCCUCCGAGAGAACGGCCUAGAGAAGCUGAUAGACACCACCGUACCUCACCCUAAAACUACGGACGCGUCUUGGGGAUAUUGGCAUGUGCUCUCCUGUCACACGCGCUGCUGGUUAGCCGCUGGCUUGCCGGCACAUAUUUUGAAAAAGGUCAACAAAAACAAAGAUAAUUUGGCAUACGCCGAUCAUUUCAUGGAAGUGGUGCUUUAUGAACUUCGAUACAAGCUCUUCAACACGCAUUUGAAGCUCACAGCAGAACUCGCUUCACUCAAGGCUGCCGAUUUUCCAACCUUGAAGGAAUACAUGGUCAUCUUUUCACAUCUUUACAAGCGUCUCCAAGAGCUCCAAGCAACCCCGCCGUCAUACCAUCUCCUUUGCUGUGUUUACCAGCAAGUACAACUCUCAAACAAUGCCGUCAUUAAAGAUUUUGUGCGUGCAAACAUCAAAUCGCUGUUGGGUACUUGCGGUGAUAUUUGGACCUAUCUUCCUCCUACAGUUCUCGGAUUGUGGAUCGAUACCAUGGUGAGAUUGCUUCACAGAGUUGAACGUCUGAAUCUUGAUGAUCCAGGCUCUUCUCUUGAUAUCCCCGUGUAUGGCAAUACGAGCCAGCCGCAUGGAAUUUGA